UCUCCUCUCGCUCGCCGUUAAGGAGGCUCUGCGCCUCAGCUACAGCCUCCAUCUCCGCUCCCGCCCCAUCCUCCGCGUCUCUGCCGCCGCCACCGCCGGGGGCAUCCGGGGGUCGCCUAACGGGCUGGCCCUGCGCCACAGUCGUCGUUUCAGCCUCCCGCCAGUGGCGGCCACAAGAAGAAGCUCGCUGGCCGCGGAGCCACUUGGGGCCUCAGUUCUCGCCCUCUUUCAGUUGCCGCGGGUUCUGGAGAAGCGGCCGCGGCCGGGGAACUGGGCGUCGAGGUUCCAACGAUUAACUGCUGAAGUACUGAUCGAGUUCUGUGUUUCUUCAAUGAGGAACUACAGGCUGAUCUUCUGCCAUAAUCUCAAACAGCCAUAAAUGACAAAAGAAUGCUUGCUCAGUGAGGGUAGCUGGUGCAGAAACCAUUUUUUAAACUUAGGUGUUUAAGUACUCAAAGAAAAGACAGCUUUGAUUUCUGGCUGCAAAAAAGAUAUGAGGAAGAGCUCCUCCCCUUCCUUGAAUAACUGCAACUCCGUUCUUGCUAACAAAAUAUUUGGAAUUCCACUUGAUGAGCUGCAGCAGGGAGGACAUCCAGACAAUGAGGUUCCGUUCAUAGUCCGCCACGUAGUGGACUAUAUUGAGGAACAUGGAGGUCUGGAGCAACAAGGACUUUUUCAAGUCAAUGGAAAUGCUGAGACAGUGGAGUGGCUUCGGCAGAGAUACGACAGUGGAGAAGAGGUGGAUUUGGUUAAGGAGGCAGAUGUUCCCUCGGCUAUUAGUCUUCUUAGGUUUUUCCUUCAAGAACUUCCUGAGCCUGUUAUCCCUGGCAGUUUGCAUAUUCACUUGAUGCAGCUUUCUCAAGAUUAUAAUAACGAAGAUGAAUUUGGAAGAAAGUUGAGGUUCCUCCUGCAACAGCUUCCACCUGUUAAUUACAGUUUGUUAAAGUUUCUGUGUAGAUUUUUAGCCAAUGUAGCAUCACAUCAUGAAGAAAUUUGGUCUGCAAACUCUUUGGCUGCUGUCUUUGGUCCAGAUGUCUUCCAUAUUUACACAGAUGUGGAAGAUUUGAAAGAACAAGAAAUAGUGAGCAGGAUAAUGGCUGGACUUCUGGAAAAUUACUAUGAGUUUUUUGAGAAUGAAGAGGAAGAUUUUUCAUCUAAUGAUUUGAGUUCAAUUACUGAACAGAAGGCAGGUAGCAGCGUUCUCCACAAGCUGGAGUCUGGAGAGCAGGCAUUUCACGAGGCCCUAGAGAAGGGAAUUACAGCAGUCAAAGAAAGAAGAGAUGUUAAUGAACUUUCUGAGGAAGAAGAGGAAGAUGAAAAGCUGGAACAUAUAGAAGAACUUCCAGAAGAGGGUGCAGAAAAAUCAGAUGACAUGCCAGAGGUGGUACAGUUAAGGAUGACUGAAAACAUCCUGGAGCCAAAUAGUGUUACAGCAUCAACAAGUGCCCAUAUAUCUCCUAUCAGCAUCUUACCAGCCUCUGCGGACAUUUUAGAAAGAACAAUUAGAGCAGCUGUGGAACAGCACCUUUUUGAUCUGCAGAGCAGCAUAGAUCAUGAUCUUCAGAAUUUACAGCAGCAAAGUCUAGUGUGUAAUAAUGAAGCAGGAAGUGUUAAUUGUGAUGGGGAAGGAUCUAAUAACCAGGUUGAUAUUGCUGAUGGUAUUAUUAAUGCCAGUGAAGGUAACAGAGACUAUUCAGAACCUGUGGCUAGCACUGAUUUAGACAAUGAAGUUAUGCAGCAAGAUUUUGUAUUUGAGGAUGAAGAAAAUAACCAGACUGUAGGUAUACUGUUAGAGCCAUGCAGUGACCAUGGUGAUGGUGAAGAUGGCUGUCUUGAGAGGAAAGAAUGUUUGUCAUUUGACAGUGAUAAAUUGUCACACUUCAUUCUGGAUUCUAGUAGCAAGAUAUGUGAUUUGAAUGCCAACACUGAAUCAGAAGUGCCAGGAGGUCAAAGUGUUGGUGUUCAAGGGGAGGCAGCAUGUGUCCAAAUUCCACAUUUAGAUCUGAAGAAUGUUUCUGACGGUGAUAAAUGGGAAGAGCCAUUUCCUGCUUUUAAGUCUUGGCAGGAAGACUCUGAGUCUGGAGAAGCUCAACUCUCUCCACAAGCUGGAAGAAUGAAUCAUCAUCCUCUGGAAGAGGACUGUCCUCCAGUAUUAUCACACCGGAGUUUAGAUUUUGGGCAAAGCCAGCGUUUCCUACAUGAUCCAGAAACGUUGGAUUCCUCAUCGAAAGCACUUUCUUUUGCUAGGAUUCGAAGAUCAUCUUUUAGUUCAAAAGAUGAAAAAAGAGAAGACAGAACACCAUAUCAAUUAGUCAAGAAACUUCAGAAAAAAAUCAGACAAUUUGAGGAACAGUUUGAAAGGGAAAGAAAUAGCAAGCCCUCCUACAGUGAUAUAGCAGCCAAUCCAAAGGUAUUAAAAUGGAUGACAGAGCUCACCAAACUGCGAAAGCAGAUCAAAGAUGCAAAACACAAAACCUCUGAUGGAGAGUUUGUACCUCAGACACGUCCACGUAGUAACACUCUUCCAAAAAGCUUUGGCUCUUCUCUAGACCAUGAAGAUGAAGAGAAUGAAGAUGAAUCCCAGGUCAUUCAGAAGGAGAAGAAGCCAUCUAAGGAAGCAACACUUGAACUUAUUCUGAAAAGACUGAAAGAAAAACGUGUUGAGAGGUGUCUUCCAGAAGAUAUCAAAAAAAUGACAAAAGAUCAUUUGGUAGAAGAGAAAACUUCUCUCCAGAAAAGUCUUCUUUAUUAUGAAAGUCAACAUGGAAGGCCGGUAACCAGGGAAGAAAGGCACAUUGUUAAACCUCUUUAUGAUAGAUACAGACUUGUAAAACAGAUGCUGACAAGAGCUAGCGUCAUUCCUGUCCUUGGAUCUCCAUCCACCAAGCGAAGGGGUCAGAUGUUACAGCCAAUCAUAGAAGGAGAAACUGCACAUUUUUUUGAAGAAAUCAAGGAAGAAGAAGAAGAUGGUGUUAGUCUGUCCUCUGAGUUAACUGAUAUCUUGAAAACUGCUGUACAGGCACAGUCUUCAUUGGAAAACUCAGAAUCUGAUAUGGAAGAAAAUCAAGAAAAACUGGCUCUAGAUCUCCGAUUGUCAAGUACUCGAGCAGCUUCUAUGCCCGAAUUACUGGAACAACUUUGGAAAGCCAGAGCUGAAAAAAAGAAACUACGUAAAACAUUACGGGAAUUUGAAGAAGCAUUUUAUCAACAAAAUGGAAGGAAUGCCCAGAAAGAGGAUCGUGUUCCAGUGCUUGAGGAGUACAGGGAGUACAAGAAAAUUAAAGCCAAGCUUAGGCUUCUUGAAGUUCUUAUCAGCAAACAAGAUUCUUCAAAAUCCAUAUAAAAUAUGGUCCUUGAAAACAUCAUAAAAUCAGUUGUAUUCCCUGAAGCUAUCAUCAUGUGUACUUGGCUGGUACUUAAGUUCAUUUUGUCAGGCACUCACAGAGUCUCAUUUUGUACUUGCUGGUGGUGCCACUAGAGAAAUGAUGGGAGGGUAAGUAGACCCUGUCUGGGGAGUGCGAUGUUCCAUGUUAACCACAGACUGCCCCUCUACCUUUAGCAAACAUCCACUUUUCUUCAUUGUUUUGUACUACAGAUACAUCGUGUUAGUAAAAGACUAAUAUUUUAUCUUUUCGACUUUAAGAACUUUGGAGAUAGAAGCUUUUUGUUAUUACCAACUUUAUUAUUUUGUUUUUCAUUACUCAAGAAAAUUGAGAGGAAAAUCUUCACAUUGAAUUCUUCUUCAGUUGCCUUUUUCUUACAGAAUGACUGAAAAUUUGAAAGAAAAGCCUAUAAAUGUGCACAUAUGCAACUAUGUUCUGUGUUUUCUUAGAAAACCAAAAUCAACUGAAAUUUCAAGUCCUACUGUGGAACAUAUUUCUGUUAAAUUCCCAAAGUGACACUUUCUCACAGGUAGUAUGUUAGCAGAAUUUUGCAAUUCAGUGGUCACACAGAUCCUGGAUGAAGAUAACAGCGGGUAGACCAAAAAGUGACCUUGCUUAUUAGUAUAGUGAAAACACACACCACACAUCACACACAGAACUGAAUUAUAUCACAUGCUGCCUUUGGGACUUAAGUUACUGUUUGUUUCCUCAGUUACAGUUUAUCAGUUGGUGAUGAUGUGAUUUGUCUGGAUUAGAUCCUGCAUUUUUUCCCCCUACCCACCUCCAGAUAAUGUGAGAAAAUAGCCAUGUCAGUAUGUAGGAACUCUGAUGGUGCUCAGAUUUGUGUGUUCAAUCAAAUGGGCUUAAAUUGGCAAAAGAAUCAUUAUGCCUGAAGUAAAUCUAUUCUUAACAAGGGCUAUACCACUGCAUUUUUACAUGUACCUUCAAGGGGUUGCAUCAUUUUUUUUCUUUUUUAAUCAGCAAAAUCCAUAAAGAAAACAUCCUCUAAAGGGAUCACCUUUUGCUCAAUCACAUGCUGUUUAAAGCAGCUGGUUACAGGUGUAUUGUGGUAUGCCCCUUGUCAUACACUCUAAGCAUAUCUUUUUUUCUCUGGCUUUGCAUGGCUUUUCUUCAGGUUCUUUCCUGGUAUGAUUCUGCUAAUUAUUUUCACAGAAUGGUGACUUUAUUUGUGCUAACAAUAUGAUAGUCAUUAACAGCAUAUUCUGAUGAGGCUUAAUCUAAGUGUUAAUUUUUUUCCUGGUGCUUUUUUGGAUUGAUGAGUGUCUCACUUUGUGCCCAUGUUUUGCAUGCAGUGACUCAUGCAUGGUUUUCUUAACUAGCUAAUAUUCAUCAUUUGUUCCAUACAAAAAUGGACUUUUGCAGCAUCCUUUAAUAAGGUGAGGGAAGCAUGAACCUCAGACUUCUGGCACUAUUACAUAGCACAUGAAGUAGCUUGAUAAUAAGUAGCAUUUCUAGUACUUCACAUUACACCUGUGUGUGCAAUGCCUUUUUUGGGGGGAGGGAAUGUUCCUUGGUAGUGAACGUGUCAUUGGGGAAUAAAGCACUAAAUCCAGCCCUUUUCGUGUGGUUUCCUUUUGAUACAGCUAGGUUAUUCAUAAUGUACACCUAGAAACGUGAAAUUGAGAACACCAAAAGAUGUUAUCACUUUGAUUUGAAUUCAUCAUGCAGUGUACGUUUAGUUCAUUUCUUUCAGUCUCCAACAGGAGUAUAUCCAAACAUCUUAUUUAAUGUGCACUGUAUAUUGUUUUAUAUGAAUGUUUUAUUUUAUAUACCACAUGCAAAAAUGUCCAUAUGCACUAUUUAAAUGUUUUAAAUAAUAUAUUCCUUCUUUAUAAUGCUAAAUCUAUAUGAGUACCAUAUUUUUAUAAGUCAGUGGCCUGACUGGUUUCAUUUUAGAAUUAACAGCUGCUUCAUGAUGUUGGUUAUUCACUGUUAAUGUUUGGCUGUGAGUAGAAUAGAUAAAAAGUGGCAUGGCAGCACUUAUGCUAUGUGACAGUAUUGUGUGUCAUAGUUCAGUAGUAAGUGGUAGAAUUAGGCAGUUUGUGAUAAUUUUACUUUGGUACAAGUAAAAACUGUAUAUCUAUAUACAAACAAUAUAUAGAUAUAUAUGACUACAAGUAUAAUUGCAUUGCUGUGUUUGGCACUUCAUUGUA